UAAAAAAACACACUAUGCUCAUGUAGUUGUUAUAGCCAUCGGUGCCUCAGUUACUAUGCAUACAUUUGCAGCUCUCGUUUUGCUCCUCUUCAUCAUAUUCACUACAAAUUGUAGCUGCUUUCCUGCUACUUCUAGUGCCGAAAGUAGUGUUCUUGCUUCAUGCCUCGCCGCGGCCGGCGUCCGCAACUUCUCUCUGGCCGCCGACCCUCCGCCGGUCUCCUACACCGACCUGCUCGACUUCUCCAUUCAGAACCUCCGCUUCUCCCUGCCCGACGUACCUAAACCGGUCGCGGUGAUCCUCCCGGGCUCGAAAGAGCAGCUCCGCGACGCCGUCCUCUGCGUCCGCCGCGCCUCCCUCGUCAUACGCGUCCGCAGCGGCGGCCACAGCUAUGAGGGCUUAUCCUACACCAUCGCUGCGGCGCCGCACCGCGGUGAUCCCCCCUUCGCGGUCGUCGACCUCAUGAACCUCAACCGGGUCCGGGUCGACCCGGCCGAGUCGACCGCAUGGGCCGAGUCAGGCGCCACGCUCGGCGAGAUAUACUAUUCGGUGGCCGAGUCGAGCCGGUCAACGCUGGCGUUCCCUGCCGGGUCGUGUUCGACGAUCGGGUCCGGCGGGCACAUCUCCGGCGGUGGCUUCGGGUUCCUGUCGCGGAAAUUCGGGCUCGCCGCCGACAACGUGAUCGACGCCGUCAUGAUCGACGCGGUCGGCCGAAUCCUGGACCGCCAAUCGAUGGGCGAGGACGCGUUCUGGGCGAUUCGCGGCGGCGGCGGCGGGAGCUGGGGCGUGGUCUACGCGUGGAAGCUGCGGCUGGUUCCGGUGCCGGACCGAGUCGCACUGUUGACCGUUGACCGACCCGGUCCGAGUCGACUCGUCGCCGAGCUGGUGGACACGUGGCAGCGCGUGGGGCCGAGUUUGCCCGACGAGUUCUACCUCUCGGUGUUCCUCGCCGGGUCAACGCGCGGGAACGCAACGGCUUCGUUCACGGGCCUGUUCCUCGGCCCCAAAAACUCGGCGAUGAGCGUCCUGAGUCAACGAUUCCCCGAGUUGCGCGCCGAGGAAUCGGACUGGGCCGAGUUGACCUGGGCCGAAUCGGCGGCCCAACUCGCAGGGCUGGGGUCAACGUCGGAGUUGACCAGCCGCGUUUCGCACGGCAAGGGGUUCUUCAAGGCCAAGUCGGAUUACGUGCGGACGCCGAUCCCUUUAUACGGGAUAAUCAGGGCCGUCGAGAUGUUAUCCGACGAGCCGAGCGCGUACAUGAUCCUGGACCCGUACGGUGGGGCCAUGGCCCGCAUAGAGAGCGGGGCCCUCCCGUUCCCGCAUAGAGCGGGGAACUUGUACGGGAUCCAGUACCAGGUGGGUUGGACGGCGCAAAACAACAGCAGGGAAGCGGCGUACGUGGCGUGGAUCCGCGCGUUCUAUGAAUUUAUGCGGCCGUUCGUAUCGAAGAACCCGCGCGCGGCGUACGUGAACUACGUGGACCUGGACUUGGGGACCGAUGAGUGGAGCGGAGGGGGUCUGAACGGUGGGUCCAUGGACGCGGUGCACCGAGCGAGGACGUGGGGUGAGAAGUACUUUAUGGGGAAUUUCGAUAGGUUGGUGCGGGCGAAGACCAUAAUUGAUCCGCAUAAUGUUUUUAAUAAUGCGCAGAGUAUUCCUCCUCUGCCUAAUUAAUUAUUAACAUUACUUUAUUUAUGAUUAUAUUAAAGUGAAAAAAUGUUACAUAAGCAAAAGUUUAAUGCCUUAUUAAAUACUACAGCUAUAAUAAUAAUAUUAAUAAAAAGGUACAAGUCUUUUUGUGUUUUGGAGUAAAAGUGCUUAUUUCAACUUAGGGGGCGUUUGGAUUGACAAAUCUGUAGAUCCAACGUAAGUCAAGUGUAGUAGUGUUUGAGUUUUUCUGA